UGAAACGUAGCAGAUCUAGCUGCUUUCAAGAAGUUACAAGUCAGAGGAGAAUCGCCCCAGACUAAAAGGUUAAAAGAUGCCUGUAAGCCUAAGGAAAGAAAUAUCUGAAGAGGAAUUCCAUACACAUUUUUCCAGUAUAAAAGCACCCCACCAAACCUUGCUCUGCUUUGGUCUGAAAGAAGAAGAUAAAACACUUUGGAAAUUAUGGGGUCAUGCUUACAAUAAUCCAGGCCAAUGUCAUGCUGAAACCCUAGUUUUAAGGGAAAUUGAAAACUAUCUGAAGACAAAUAUUUCCAACUCUGCAAAGUACAAUAUUACAUGGUUUCUUUCCUAUAGUCCCUGCCACUCAUGUUGUGAUAAAAUAAUCAAUUUUUUAAUGAACUCUCAAACUAAAAUUGAAUUUAACAUCAAAGCAGCAAAGCCAUAUCAAUUCAAUAAUGAUCAGAAUCCAAAAGGCAUAAAAAUGCUCAAGAGAGUAGGAAUUCUAUUCAAGAUGAUGGAAUGUAAUGACUUUGAAGAAUGUUUCUACUUAUUUGUGGAUCCUUGCACCAAGUUCAGUGCAUGGCCUGAUCUAGAAGCGCAAAGUUUAGCAAAUGUAACUUUAUUUCAUCAUUAUUUGGGCCAGGAGGAGAACAUAUUAGAUAUCCAUUUAUUUCCAAAUGAUGAUUCUUCUUCAGUUCAUGCUAGAUCAGCAUCUCAUUUUGAAGAUCAUGUCUUGGCUGACAAGAUUCCACCAGAAGGUCCUAACAAAACCCCAUACAAGAAAGAUGAGCUUUUAGACAUAAGAGCUCCACAGAAAAUGUGUUUUCCACCAAGAACAAGAGAACAUGGGAAAGAUGUCAAAAGGAAACUUUUUUGAAACAAAUGGAACAACAAUCUUUUUUA